GGCAAUAUGGUGGUGAGUACCAACAUGGCGGAUCAAAUCCAACAGUUUGAGUCGCUGAUUACUCAGCUUAUGUCGCCUUCAAAUGACAUUAGAAACCCGGCAGAGGCACAAUAUGACGGCAUUGAAGAUGUGGCAAAAAUCCAUUUCCUGCUUCAGAUUAUUGGAAAGUCUACAAUUCCAGAGGUGCGUCAAAUGGCAGCUGUCCUUUUAAGGAGAAUAUUUGCCACCACAGUGGAUUUCAUCAAGAAACUGGAUGACAAUGGUAUGAUGGCUAUGAAAGCAGACUUAUUAAGAGGAAUCCAAGAAGAACAGAACCCAGCUGUUCGACGGAAGAUCUGUGACGCUGCUUCUGAACUCUCCAAGAGUCUUCUAGAUGAGGAAGGCUAUAACCAUUGGCAGGAACUUCUGAAAUUUCUCUUUGAGUGCUGUAAUUCUAAUAGACCUGAACUCAAGGAAUCUGCACUACAUAUCUUCUGCUCAUUUCCUGGUGUGUUUGGCAACCAACAAGAUCACUAUCUGAACGUCAUCAAGCAGAUGUUAUACCAAUGUUUAAAUGACCAGACUAGUAGAGAGGUACGGUUUAUAGCAGCCAGAGCCCUCUGUGCCUUUAUUACAGACCAAGUCGGUGAUACAAAACAAAGACAGUUUGCCGAACUUAUUCCUGGUAUUAUAGAGGUUGUGCGUGAAAGUGCACAGUCCAACGGUGAUGACACAGUGCUCAAGUCUGGUUUAAUAGAUUUGGCUGAAAACUGUCCUAAACUGUUAAGACCAAGCUUAGAACCACUUAUCACACUUUUACUUGAAAUUAUAGCUAAAAGUGAACUGGGUGAAAACUGGCGGCAUUUGUCAGUGGAAUGUAUUGUCACGCUAGCAGAAAGUGCUCCUGCUAUGGUCAGAAAGGUUCAGAAGUUCAUCCCAUUAAUAAUUCCUCAGCUACUUGCUAUGAUGGUUGAUCUUGAAGACGACCCUGAGUGGAGUAAGUCUGAUGAAAUUGAAGAUGAAGACUAUGAAAGUAAUUCAGUGGUAGGAGAGAGUUCUUUGGACAGACUUGCAUGUGGACUGGGUGGCAAGACCAUUCUGCCUCACAUCACAGCUACAAUACCUCAGAUGUUAAGUAAUGGGGACUGGAGGUAUCGUCAUGCUGGUUUGAUGGCCAUCUCUGCUGUUGGUGAAGGGUGUCAGAAGCAAAUGGAGAUCCUUCUAAUGGAUGUUACUAAUGUUGUACUGCCGUUCCUGAAUGAUUCUCAUCCACGUGUGCGAUAUGCUUGUUGUAAUGCUAUUGGUCAGAUGUCCACUGAUUUUGCUAAUGGAUUCCAGAGAAAGUUCCACAUGAAGGUUAUACCAGGUCUAUUACAUGUCAUGGAUGACUUCAACAACCCUCGUGUCCAGGCCCAUGCAGGAGCAGCAUUGGUGAACUUCUGUGAGGACUGCCCCAAACAGAUUCUAAUACCAUACCUUGAUAGUAUCCUAAGCAAGCUGGAAUUGGUGCUGUCUUCAAAACUCAGAGAGCUUCUAGAACGUGGUACCAAACUAGUAAUGGAGCAGGUAGUGACAACUAUCGCUACUGUUGCUAAUACCGUAGAGGAGAAGUUUGCACCUUACUACGACAGGUUCAUGCCAAGCCUUAAGUAUAUCGUACAGAACGCCAACACACUGGACUACAGAUUACUGAGAGGAAAGACUAUAGAGUGCAUCAGUUUUAUUGGAUUGGCCGUUGGCAAAGAAAAGUUCUUACCAGAUGCUAGUGAGAUUAUGCAGAUCCUCCUCAAGACCCAGACAGACAUAGACCAGCUAGAAGCAGACGAUCCUCAGGUGUCCUACAUGAUAUCUGCCUGGGCCAGGAUGUGUAAGAUUAUGGGCAAAGAAUUUACUCAGUACAUGCCUCUGGUGAUGCCACCAUUGAUGAAAGUGGCCAGUAUCAAGCCUGAGGUGGCUAUUAUAGAUGCUGAUGACCCAAAGAGUAAUCAGUACAGCGAGGAUGAAGGCUGGCAACUUAUUUCUCUUGGAGACCAGCAAAAAUUCGGUAUCAAUACAGUGGGUCUGGAGGAGAAGAGCACAGCCUGUCAGAUGCUGGUUUUAUACGCUAAAGAACUCAAAGAAGGCUUUGCACCAUACGCAGAGGAAGUCGUCCAACUCAUGAUCCCUUUAUUGAAGUUCUACUUCCACGAGCUCGUGCGGUCAGCAGCUGCAGAAUCUCUGCCUUAUCUUCUUGAGUGUUCUAAGUUCAAGGGGGAUGCAGCUGUACGACAGAUGUGGGCGUACGUAUGCACUGAUCUACUGAAGGCGAUACGAACAGAACCCGACGCUGAUAUACAGAUAAUUUUCCUGGAGAAUUUCGCCAAGUGUGUUGAGACUCUGGGCAAUGGAUGUUUGACAGUGGAGUUUUAUAACUUACUGGCUGAAGUGAUACAUGAGAUUCUAAAUGCACACAAGGAAAGACAGAUGGAGAGACAAAGUGGCCGACGUAAUGCACGCUGUACUUGGGACACACAAGGAAGGUUCAGUACCAUUCUUUGAACGUCUGCUUCCGGAUAUCAACGCUCUUAUCUCUCCCGAGAGAUCAGAAGCUGACAAACAGUGGGGUCUGUGUGUAUUUGAUGAUGUUGUCGAAUAUUAUGGUCCUGCUUCGUUCAAGUAUCAGGAGUACUUUUUACGAGCAACUUUGAAUUUUACUGUCGAUAAAAGUCCCUCAGUGCGGCAGGCCGCAUGCUAUGGGGUGGGUAUUAUGCCUAUAUCAUCCAAGGACUACGCACCGGCCUGUGCAGAGGCCCUACCCUUGUUAUACCGAGUCAUAAGCGAUCCCCAAUCCAGAUCACGGGAAAAUAUCAACGCGACAGAAAACGCCAUCUCAGCCGUCACUAAAAUCUGUAAAUAUAACCAUGGUAACAUCAAUGUCGACGAGGUCAUUCCAUUGUGGUUGUCGUGGUUACCGAUUAUUGAGGACCGCGAGGAAGCAACACAUGUUUAUGGUUAUUUAUGCGAUCUGAUUGAAGCGAAUCAUCCAUUAGUUUUAGGAACCAACUAUAGUAACUUAUCUAGAAUACUGCAGAUCUUUGCUGACGUCUUCCUGUCGGAAGUGCUCAGUGAAGACAUGGAAACAAGACAAAGACUUCUUCGAAUCAUCGCCCAGAUGCAGACGAUGGGCGACGCCUGGAAUACAUAUUUAUCUCAACUCAACGAAAUGCAACAGGAUUCGAUACGGCAAGCUAUGACAGAGCAAGGCCAUUGAAUACAAGUGCAGAUAAUUCAACAAUGACAUUAAGAUUUAGAAAGUGACACUCGUCGAAUUGAGCUGCAAGAAUCGUGAAUGACCUUAACACGUGAUUGAGGUAUAAGCUAUAAUUUUUCAGCGAUCUACAACUACCAAUACUGAUGAACACCAAUAUUGUGGCUCUUUUUGACUGGUCUUGAUUUACUGGGCCCUGUUCUGAAGAACAACCAUUAUGGAGGUUAAAGAUUGUGGCUGGGUGUGUUGGGUGCUGCAUUGCGAUCAUUUUGUAUCAUCGUGGACGCCGUAAGAUCCUUCUAUUUGACGUCUUGUUUUGACCGAUGUUGAAUCGUAUGUGGGGAUUGGCUCAAUUUAUUGUCACAAGUAAAAAACAGCAUUCGUGGUCACGUGCUGGCUGAUAACAUGUUGGAUAGUUUUUACAUAAUUCGGAUACAAUAACAACUUCAUCUUCGUCAUCGUCGUCAUCAUCAUCAUCAUAUACAGAAUUAGAGGUAGCGGUCAGUGUAGUAGCUUCAACAACAAUAACGAAGAACAGACAAUCAGACACUUCAACAACAACAUCUGUAACAACAACAGCAAUUGCAGCAACAGCAGCAAUAAAAACAACGGCAACAAAUGCAGCAGCAGCAGCAACCACAGCAACAAGAGCAAACAGAGACAAAGGCAAGCGUAUCAACGAUGACAAAGACAACAACAGCGGCAGCAGCAGAUUCUUUUAAUAAUUAUACAGUUAGGAGCAGCAUCAGCAAAACGAAAAUUACAAUUCUGUUUGAAGACAGCGAUUUCAAAAGGACAAACUUAGAACUAAUAUAUGGACAGAAGGAGCAGUAACUACAUCGAUGAUCACCCAGUGGACAAUAACAACAAGAAAUCCAACAACAACAGGAAACUGAAUUAUAUGGCAACGCCAGCGUCACCACCACCACCAACAGCAACAGCACAGCCAACAACAACAACACUACAGCGAAAACGAAUAUAAUAGCAACAGCACAUCCACCAACAACAAAAAAGGAACUGCAAAAACGGACAUUUGAUUUACAGUAUCAUAGCACAAUGAUAAAAUGAUGUAAUAAGUACAAUAGUAGCGACAGCAACAGAAUAAAGAAACUGACAGGGUAAAUUGGGCAAAAAUUGAACAAAAAUCUAAAAAGAAGCAGCAGCAACAUAAGCGUAAGCAACAAACGAUAGCAACAGCAGCAGUAAUGUGGAAUGUUGUUCAGUGAGCUAUUUUAGAAGGGUUGACUCGACUAACACGAAAUUAUUGUAAUGCCUCGAAGACAAAUUAAUGUUAAUUCCAAUUCAUGUUCGAUUAAAAAUAGUUUUGGUAGUUAUAGCAA